CUCAACAGCAUGGCCCCGAUCCCGCAGCGCACGCAGCAGCGCGCGAGCCCCGCAGUGGCGGGGUACGUUGCCUCCGGGCUCCGCUCGGGGGUGUACACGUCCAUCCCGCACCUCGUUCCCCCGACUGGGCUGGCAGCGGCGCGCGUCGCCGAGCUGACGCAGGAGCUGGUGACCACGCGGCCGGGGGAGCUCGCGCGCUGGCUUUCGAGCCGGCCGCGGCCUGCCGGUGCCGGGUUUGAACGCGUCCUGCGCGACUUGUCGCGGCACACGCGCACGCUCGACGCCAUGCUCAAAGGGCCUACGCCCGAGUCGUCCGCCACGCUGGCAGAGGUCAAGGCCGUCCUCGCCCACCUGCCUGCUGCGGCGCGCGAGCUCCUCGCCAACGAGAAAGAGCACACGUUCAAGCCCUUCGGGUACGAGGACGCGCUCGCGCUCGCCGCCGCCAGGUGGUUCAAGCACGAGUACUUUCGCUGGGUGGACCCGAUCAAGUGUGCGCAGUGCGGCGGCGAGACGCGGGGCACCGGCGCCGGCCAGCCGACGGCCGAGGAGCGCGCCGGCGGCGCUGGUCGCGUGGAGCUGCAUACCUGCGUCAACUGUGCUGCUGUUCGCCGGUUCCCGCGGUAUAACGAGGUCAAGGCGCUCAUGGGCUCGCGCGAGGGGCGGUGUGGCGAGUUCGCACAGCUCUUUUAUGUUUUCUUCCUCGCGCUCGGGCUCGAGGCGCGAUACGUGUGGAACAGCAGCGAGGACCACGUGUGGACAGAGUACUGGUCGCCAGAGCUCGGCCACUGGGUACAUAUUGACUCCGAGGCGGAGACGUCCAAGCCGCUGCUGUACGACCGUGGCUGGGGCAAGAAGCAGGCGCACUGCUCCGCCGUGGGCGCGAGCGGCGCAGAGGACGUGACCCGCGCGUACGUCGACGGGUGGGACGAGUGUCUCGCCCGGCGGAGGGCGAAGGACCUCGGCGGCGGGCCGAUAUCCGAGGCGUAUCUGGCACAGCUCAUCACCGCGCUCACGGUCGAGUGCCGCGCCCACCUCGACGACGAGGAGCGCGCGCGCCUAGAGUCCAUGGACGAGGCGCAGCAGCGCUGGAUCGACGACGAGAAGGGCCGCUGGAGGGAGGCCGAGCUCGUCAACCUCCGCGGGAGGGAGAGUGGGCCCGAGGAGUGGCGUGCUGAGCGGGACGAGCUCGGCGCCGGCGGGGCCGGCGAGUAAUGCCAGGCGGAGUUGUCACACGACGCCCAGCACGAGGCCACCCACCUCUGUACCAUUACACCACCUGUCACACCCACCAUACUCGCACUUGCUUCGCUCGUGCGCGUGACC